UAAAACAGUCAUAACUGCAAUUGACAUAACAUCAUCCUCAACAUGGGUUGUAGUAUUAUUACUUUCCCUUCAUUUUCUCAUCUCUUCAUCUCCACACUUCUUCUCCUUACAACGUUGUACAUCACUCCUCAAAUCUCAGCCGUCCGAUACCCCAUCGACGUCUGGCCAAAGCCCACCACAUUCCACUGGCCACAGCCACAGGCAAUCACUCUCUCCCCGGAGUUCACUAUAUCCGCUCCCCCCCACAGCUACCUAACCCCCGCCGUCCACCGCUACCUCCGCCAGAUCCUGACGGAGCACCACCUCCCCCUCGUCACCCCACUUCUCAAUCUGACUGGGGGGCCCCCGCUCACCACGCUCACCAUCAUCAUCUCCGACGCCGCUGCUCCGCUGACCCACGGCGUGGACGAGUCGUACUCCCUCACCGUCCCCUCCACCGGAGCCUCCGCCGUGCUAAACGCCGAAACCCCAUGGGGCGCGAUGCGCGGGCUGGAGACGUUCUCGCAGCUGGUGUAUGCAAAGCCGGCGAGGGUGGCUUGCGGGUUGUACAUUUCCGACGGGCCACUGUUUCCGCACAGGGGAAUCAUGCUCGAUACCGCCAGGAACUAUUACGGUGUUGAGGAUUUGCUGCGGCUGAUUAGGACGAUCAGUAUGAACAAAUUGAACGUUUUCCAUUGGCAUAUUACGGAUUCCCAUUCGUUUCCGCUGGUGGUGCCGUCGGAGCCCGAGAUGGCGGCGAAAGGGGCGUACGGCGAGGACAUGAAGUACACGGCGGCGGACGUGAAGAGGGUGGUGGAAUAUGGGAUGGAGCAUGGAGUUAGAGUUGUGCCCGAGAUUGAUAUGCCUGCACACACUGGAUCAUGGGCUGAAGCUUACCCUGAGAUUGUCACCUGUGCUAACAAGUUCUGGUGGCCUGCAGAUGCCGAAUGGACCGAUCGGCUGGCUGCCGAGCCAGGAACCGGACAACUGAAUCCCUUAAACCCCAAGACCUAUGAAGUUGUCAAAAAUGUUGUCCGUGAUGCUGUUUCCAUGUUUCCUGACCAAUUUUAUCACGCGGGAGCUGAUGAGAUCACUCCAAACUGCUGGAAAAUCGACCCUUCCAUUCAAACUUUUCUUUCCAAUAAUGGAACUCUCAGUCAGAUUCUUGAAAUGUUUAUAAAUUCGACAUUACCUUACAUCAUAUCUCUGAAUCGUACAGUGAUCUACUGGGAGGAUGUUUUGUUGAACGCUGAUGUCAAUGUGCCCUCUUCCUUGCUCCCUCGCGAAAAUGUCAUUCUCCAAUCUUGGAACAAUGGACCGAAUAACACAAAGAGGAUUGUCGAUUCUGGAUAUCGUGCAAUUGUUUCGUCAUCGGAUUUCUAUUACUUGGACUGUGGGCAUGGGGAUUUUACAGGAAAUAACAGUCUAUACAAUAUGCCGCCUGGUUCUGAUCAAGGAAAUGGUGGAUCGUGGUGUGGACCCUUUAAAACAUGGCAAACCAUUUACAACUAUGAUAUAACUUACGGAUUGACUGAGGCAGAGGCAAAGCUGGUAAUAGGAGGGGAGGUGGCGUUAUGGUCCGAGCAAGCUGACUCAACCGUUAUGGAUUCACGGAUCUGGCCAAGAGCUUCAGCAAUGGCUGAAGCGUUAUGGUCAGGGAAUCGAGAUGAAACGGGAAAGAAGAGAUUUGCGGAGGCUACAGAUAGGUUGAAUGAGUGGAGAUACAGAAUGGUAACACGGGGAAUAGGUGCUGAACCUAUUCAGCCGCUCUGGUGUAUCAAGAAUCCAGGCAUGUGUAACACGGUCCAUUUAGCUUAAUUGAUUUAUCCUGUCAUCUUCAAUUAUUUUCGGUCCGAUUUUAGCGUCGGAAACAAAAGUGGUUGAGAUAUUUAUUGGUGGAAUGAUAGAAGUUCAAGUCAUUCUUCUUUUGCAAAUGUUCUGAAUUCUUGUUUGUAAGCAUGAUUUCCUAUUGAUCCCUUUUACCUUAAGUAAAAGAUCUUCGGAUAUGA